AUGGAAAAGGCAGAACGCCACCCAACCAGGCUGCCAGCAGCAGGCGCAAGGGGGCAGACUGCCCAAGCCGGCCAGCAGGCAAGGGGGCCAGCAGCAGUUGAAGAGGCAGCCGUUACAACAGUUUCAGCUGUUACGGCAGUUACAGCCGUUACAGCUGUUACAACAAGUAGUGGGGCGGCAGUUUCAAGCUUGGAGAGGCUUGUGCAGAACGUUCAUCGUAAGAGGAGGACGAACGAAGGAGACGGUAGCGGCGCUAGCACCACCCCCAACGUUCGCACUAAGGGAGGAAAGAAGAACAAGAAAGGGAAGAACAAGCAGCAGCAGAAGGGUAACGAACCCAGUCUGCCCAAUCCUCCACCAGGCGAUCUUCCACCAGGCGGUCUUCCACCAGGCGAACUGCUACCAAGUGAUCCUACACCAAGCGGUGGACAAACAUCUUUCCAGCACAAUAUUGUCGAUGAAAGUGACGACGGCGAUGAGGCCAUAGACGUUACUGUCGGACAUGAAUGGAUUGCCAGCGUUGAGAUGGCAAGGCAAGCUGUGGAGAUCUUGGGCCAGCGUUUGAAUGGGUUGGACAGUGAUGUCAAAGACCUUGAAGAACAUUCCCUUGAGGAAGUUGAUGCCAUCCGGAAGGAGUUGGAGGUACGCAAGCGGACUGAAUUAGCGAUGAAGGAAACCAUUACUUCCUUGGAGUUCAGGUUCUUGGACGCCCUUGGGACGAUUGAGACGCUGAAGAACAAGGUUGAAGCUCUCGAAGAAGAGAGGGAGGUUGUUGUAUCAACAUCACUUGGCCAGGAAAGGGAGCCCAGAGUCGAGGUUCCCAAGCCACCAACAUUCAAGGGUGUCCGCGAUGCCCUAGAGGUAGGAAAUUUCCUAUGGCACUUGGAAAAUUAUUUCAGGUGUAAUCGGGUCAGGAGUGAUGCAAACAAGAUCAACACUGCCGUGUUGUAUCUUUCCGACGUAGCCAUGUUAUGGUGGAAACGCAAAGAUGCCGAGAUUAAGAGGGGCACACGCACCAUCAACACAUGGGAAAAAUUCCUUGAGGAAUUCAAGAAAGCUUUCUUCCCCAACAAUGCUGUUUAUGAAAUGAAAUGCAAACUCCGGGAGUUGAAGCAGACGGGAAGUAUUAGGGCCUAUGUGAAAGAGUUCACAAUUUUGACCCUUCAAAUUCCCCAACUCACAGAAGAUGACAUGCUGUUCACCUUCAUGGACGGGCUGCAGAAUUGGGCGAGGACCGAGUUAGAGCGGCGUCAAGUAAAAACCAUUGAUGAGGCCAUCACUCAAGCCAAAACCUUGACAGAUUUCAAACUUGAUCGUUUGGACAAGGCGAAGGGCAAAGAGGUAAGGGGCAGUCAAGCUAAAGGAGGGGGAGACCGUGGCCGAGGCAGAGAACAGUCGGCACAUCCCAAGCAGCAAGACACGCCCAAGCCGGACGGCAGACGGUUUGAACGCCAGAAAUACUCGGAGAAGCGGACGCAGUCCAGCAAAGGAGACGGGUGCUAUAUAUGCCGCGGACCACACGGUUAUGCCAGGUGCCCAGAAUUGAAGAGCAUUGGUGCCAUCGUCCGGGAGCGGAAGGACAAGGAGGCACAAGAGAAGGCGAAACCGGCAGACACCACUCAGUUGGGCAUGGUUGGAAUAUGUGGAGCCAUAGCCAAGCAGGCCGACAAGCCAGGGGAUUUCAGUACGCAGUACGUGGAUAUCUCCAUCAAUGGGCAACCAGUUCGGGCCGUGGUAGAUUCCGGGGCUGAAGCCAACAUCAUGACCAAAGCGGCGGCAGAAAAAUUGGGACUGAAAAUUGUUCCAAGCAACAAUCGUCUCAAGACGGUCAAUGCCCCACCAACUCCCAUAUGUGGAAUUGCUCAUGGGGUCAGCAUCACUUUAGGACGGUGGAGAGGUAAGACGAAUUUUACCGUAGCUCCUUUGGACAUAUCCGAUGUUAUUCUUGGACAGGAAUUCUUUCAGCGUUGUCACACGAUGAUUGAUCCCUACCUUCAACAACUCAUGGUGAUGGAAGGGGAAGGGUCUUGUAUGGUGCCUCUUGUUAGGGUGCCGAAGAAAGACGGAUAUGCCCAAUUGUCAGCCAUGCAGAUUUUGAAGGGCCUGAAGAAAGGAGCACCAACCUUCUUAGCCACCAUCGCAAGUUCGGGUGUAGACCAUGGUGCUAUGGAGCCAUUACCACCUAUCAUAGAGACUGUUUUGCAGGAAAACAGUGAUGUGAUGCCGGAGGAGCUGCCAAAAACUCUACCUCCAAGGCGCGAGGUAGACCACAUGAUCGAGUUGGAGGAAGGAGCCAAGCCACCUGCGCUUGCACCUUAUCGCAUGGCUCCGCCUGAGUUAGAGGAAUUGAGGAAGCAGUUGAAAGAGCUCCUCGAAGCAGGUCACAUUCGUCCAUCCAAGGCACCCUAUGGAGCGCCGGUGCUGUUUCAGAAAAAGAAAGAUGGGUCGAUGCGUCUAUACAUUGACUACAGGGCGCUCAACAAGAUCACAAUUCGGAACAAGUAUCCAAUCCCGCUGAUCGCAGAUUUGUUUGAUCGUCUUGGAGAGGCCAAGUACUUCACCAAGAUGGAUCUCCGGAAAGGUUACUAUCAAGUGCGCAUUGCAGAGGGGGAUGAGCCAAAGACAGCAUGCGUGACCAGGUAUGGAGCAUUCGAAUGGUUGGUGAUGCCCUUCGGCUUAACCAACGCACCUGCCACAUUGUGCACGCUGAUGAACGAGAUUUUACAUCCCUACUUGGACCAGUUCGUAGUAGUGUACUUAGAUGACAUAGUCGUCUAUAGUAGCACUUUGCAGGAACAUGUGGAGCACUUGAAGAAGGUCUUCAAAGUCUUGCGGCAGAAUCAGCUUUAUGUCAAGCGGGAGAAGUGCGAGUUCGCCCAACUAAAGAUACAUUUCUUGGGCCAUGUGAUCAGCCAAGGUGAACUUCGUAUGGACGAGGCAAAGGUAAAGGCGAUCCAAGAUUGGGAAGCGCCUACGAAAGUGACCGAGCUACGUUCUUUUCUUGGACUUGCUAAUUAUUAUCGCAGGUUCAUUAGCGGGUACUCCGUUAUUGCUGCCUCACUGACCGAGCUGCUGAAGAAGAACAGGCCUUGGCUGUGGAGCGAGGAGUGCCAGGAGGCAUUUGAAGGUCUUAAGGCUGCAGUUACUGAAGAACCAGUCUUGAUGCUGCCUGAUUUCACCAAGACCUUCGAGAUCCAUACGGAUGCUUCUGAUUUUGCCAUUGGGGGAGUCUUGAUGCAGGAGAAGCACCCCAAAGGAUUUGAAAGCCGGAAGUUAAAUGAAGCUGAACGACGGUACACGGUGCAGGAGAAAGAGAUGACGGGCAUUGUGCAUUGUCUAUGCACAUGGAGGCACUAUCUACUAGGCUCCAAAUUUGUAGUAAAAACUGACAACGUUGCCACUAGCUAUUUUCAGUCGCAGAAGAAGAUCACACCAAAGCAGGCUCGUUGGCAGGAUUUCUUAGCAGAAUUUGACUACAACUUGGAGUACAAACCAGGAAGGGGCAAUGUGGUAGCCGAUGCAUUGAGCAGGAAGACUGAAUUAGCGGCCAUCUCCUCAGUCCAUAGUGAAUUCCAAGGCGCAAUCAAAGAUGGUAUGCAACGCGAUCCGGAAGCCAAGAAGAUUAUGCAGCUGGAUGCUCAAGGCCAAACCAAACGGUUUUGGGUAGAAGACGGGUUCUUGCUUACCACUGGCCGGAGAGUUUAUGUACCGAAGUUCGGAUUCAUCAGGCGGCGUAUUAUCAAGGAAAGCCACGACACUCCGUGGGCUGGGCAUCCAGGACAGAAGAGAACGAGGGCAUUAGUGGAGGCCUUCUAUUUCUGGCCACGUAUGCGGGAAGAGAUCGAGCAGUAUGUGCAGACUUGUCUUGUGUUCCAGCAAGACAAGGUAGAGCAAAGACAACCAGGAGGGCUGUUGGAGCCAUUACCCAUAGCUGAUCGUCCAUGGGAGAGUAUAUCUAUGGAUUUCAUCACUUCUUUGCCGAAGUCAAACGGGUUUGGCACUAUUAUGGCAGAACGCCACCCAACCAGGCUGCCAGCAGCAGGCGCAAGGGGGCAGACUGCCCAAGCCGGCCAGCAGGCAAGGGGGCCAGCAGCAGUUGAAGAGGCAGCCGUUACAACAGUUUCAGCUGUUACGGCAGUUACAGCCGUUACAGCUGUUACAACAAGUAGUGGGGCGGCAGUUUCAAGCUUGGAGAGGCUUGUGCAGAACGUGGGGCAGACUAGGAGCAUCUAG